AAAAAGUUUUACAAGUUUAUUAAAAAUUGAAAUAGUUUCGUACAAAUAAGUUGUUAUAUUUUGUAUGUUGUCAAACAAGAUGUCUACUCGUAGCAAAACAAUAUGUACUUAUAAGAUUAUCAAGAAUUGGUUAUUUUAAUUAUUCCCUGGGAAGUAGUUUUUACUUAGUAGGAAUAAAAUUCAUCAAUGAAUUGCCAUCAGUACUUAAAUAUUGCACGAUGGCUAUUACUAAUGAUACAGUAAACUUUUGUGAUGAAAAUAAAAACCUCGAUGUAAGUGUUGUGGGAGAGAUCAAUGGCCUGGAGAUAGUAGAAGAUACUUCGGAUACUGAAGACAGUCCAAAACAGUCGUCGUCAAAUGCGGUCGCUGCCGUCGCGAGGCCCAACGUGCCGCCUGUGUUUGGCUCUGUUACCGUCAGCAACUCCGAGAACGUUCAGUUUGGGAAUAACACGUAUUUCCAAGGUCCCGUUGUCAUAAAGCAAAUUAUUCAUAAUAAAUCUGGCAUUGAAAACGUCUCGUAUGAUAAAACCGAUGAUGAGAAUGUUUCAUCACCCCAUAAAAAGAAGAAAGAUCCUGAUGUUGAUAAUGAUAUUGCAGAUUCUGAUAAAUUUGUUCUCAAGACAUGGCACAAACUUACAAUAGCUGUUACUGCCUUAGUGGUACUUAUUAGUUGUGCCCUUGUGUUUGGCAUUCCUAAAGGGUCAGAUGGACCUUUUGAUGACAACUCAAGCAAACUGGUGUCGGGCUCAUGUCAUGAAUACUCAUCAGAAUUUAGACUGGUUGCGAUUGUUGUGACACCACUCAUUUCGGCGUGGGUAUCGUACUGUCUACUAACCAUGAAACUGCGGUUUUCAUUUAGCUUCCUAAAGUGGCAUGCCGUGAAUGGGACAGCUAAAGGCAAACCAAAAGUUAUAGCAGGCGCUAAAGAUGACUUACUGAUAGCGCCCAAUCACCUGAGGAUCGUGUCUCGGAUGGAGUGGCUGGCGCAGCCGGCGACCGGGCCCCUCGACAAGCUGCGGCUGCCGGCCCCGUGGGUCAUCAUUAGCCACACGGCUACCAACUUUUGCUACAACCAGAGCAGCUGCGUGUACAACGUGCGGCUGGUGCAGGAGUACCACAUCGGGUCGCGCGGGUGGUACGACAUCGGCUACAACUUCCUCGUAGGCGGCGACGGCUCCGCGUACUACGGCCGCGGCUGGGACCACGUGGGCGCGCACACGCUCGGCUACAACAAGUACAGUAUCGGCAUCGCCUUCAUAGGCACCUUCUCCCAGGAGGCCCCGCCGCAGAAACAACUGGACGCCUGCAAGAAACUCAUCGAUCUCGGCGUCGCUUCUGGUAAAAUUGCCAAAGACUACAAACUGUUCGCCCACAGCCAACUCACUGCGUGGGAGAGCCCGGGGAAGAAGCUCGUAGAAAUACUGCACGAGUGGCCACAUUUCGUUAAGGACACGAGCCAAUUGGAGACUCUCUUGCCUAAUUAUUGAGUAGAAUGUGAUUCUUUGCCUGUGCCGGUGUACAUUUUCUUGAUUGUAAAAGUCGUGAUCUGAGUGUGGACCGCGCUCUGUGUAAGUGAUAAGGAAGUCCAAUGAAUAUCAUUGAGUAGAAUGUGAUUCUUUGCCUGUGCCAGUGUAAAUUUUAUUGAAUGUAAAAUUCGCGAUCAGAGUGUGGACCGCACUCUGUGUAAGUGAUAAGGAAGUCACAGAAGACAAGAGUGUAUGUUACCUAGUCAUAUUACUAGUUUUGAAUUUAAUGAUUUUAACUCCGUUAAACAAUUGUAUCAUCAACUUCAUCAAGUUGUCUCCUAUAACUAGUAUACUCGCAAUAAUAGACUAAGGACUGUUCAAUUUACUAAGCGGACACUUAAAAAUAGCAUUUUUUUUCUGCAUAGUAUAACAUCUUAUUUAGCUGAAUGUUAUUAAAACGACAACAAACGUAAAUAGAUAAUAUUUAAUAUGAAAAAAAGAACUUAGUCAAGUACAUCGGUAAAAAUUUCGGACUUUUAUACGGAUGCGACGCAUGAGUGUCUGCACAUCACUUCUUGUUACUUUUCGGCAAGUUGCAGACCACAUUCGUUUGAAUUCAUCAUGUAAUAAUUAUCUUCUCGGCUAUUUCGUAAGUAUGUCUCAACAGUGGUCCAGUACCGCUCAAUAGGUCAGAGCUCUGGACAAUUGGGUGAUAGGCUUCUUUUUGAACAAAUUCUAUGUUUUUUGGCUUUAGUAGCUCAACUGUCUGACCAGCAUAGUGUGCACUUGCUAAAUCAGGCCAAAACAAAGGUCCCUCCUUUAUAUAAUGCUUCGGAGAGAUGACAAAAAGUCGUAUUUAAAUGCACUCUUUUCUGUAAAGUUCGCUACCAAUGGUACCAGUACCAAAAUAAGAUACACUCUUAAAGCCACAAGAACAGAUUGCCUGCCAAACAAGUACUUUUUUCCCGAAUUUAUCAAUUUUUAUGGUUUUCUCCUCAUCUGGCAUAUACUCUCCUACGAUAUCAUUGUGAGACUGGGGUCCCGGUAAUGUACUACAGUCAAAUUUGACGUACGUUUGUCGUUAAUUAAAAUGCCAUGAGAUUUAUUCUUUAGCAACAUUUUAUACAAUAUUAUUAAAUUAAAACGGGACUUAAUCGCGUAAAACUAUAUCCUAUUAUUGCGUAUUUGCU